AUGGAUAGUCUACGGUCUCAGAUCACUAUACAAAUGAAUCGUUUUCUAAUGAUUCAGAACGCGGCGGAGGACGCGUCUGAAGAUGUUUCCAACGCGCGAUCUCGACAUUUGGUGAGUACUCGACUCGAGAUCUUGGAGGCCAACUGGGCCAAGUUUCAAACGGCUCACGAAUUAUGUCAAAUGAGCUUGGAAAACCUCCAUGAGGAGGCUUAUAUUAAACACCGGACAUACGAGCGGUGUCAGGAAUUCUACAUACAGGCAAGAGCCACCCUGCUUGAGCAACAAGAGACGGUGGAUGCCUCGAAUUCCAGCUCACGGCGGUCGGACACAAUCAUACCGGAAGCGCGUCCUGGUGGCUUCCGAAUGCGCCUGCCCAAGAUUAACUUGCCAUCGUUCGCUGGCGAUUAUAACGCUUGGAGAUCAUUUCAUGAUCUUUUUACAACAAUGGUUGUCGACAACAACGAUCUGAUGAACGUCGAAAGAAUGCAUUAUCUAAAGACAUGUCUCAAAGGCGAUGCUGCAAGGCUCGUCACGAAUCUCAAGGUGACCGACGACACUUUCUUCAUUGCUUGGAAGACUCUAGUAACUCGUUACGAGAAUAAGCGGAUGCUUAUUUCCGCGCAGUUAGAUAAGCUGUUUGGAUUGAAACCCAUCAAAUCAAGAUCAGCUAAAGAGCUCAACACCAUUUUAGCCACGGUCACUGCAGCUCUUGGAGCCCUUGAGGCCUUGGAUUGUAAUACUAGUUCGUGGGACCCGUUCUUAGUGUAUCUCGUAGCACGUUUAUUGGACGCCGACACUCGUGAGGCGUGGGAGGUGAGAUUAGAUCCGUCCAUGUCUUAUCCGACGUUCAAGGAGUUCGAAGAAUUUUUGACCGGGCACACGAGAGCAUGGAAAAGUUUGACUUCCACCCUAGUCAAACCGAGUAAGGAAAAGAGUCGGUCGUCUUGGCCGCUAACCAAGCCCGAAGCUACUAGGUGUACAAAUAAGUUUCCGGGUUUUUUUGAUCAAUGA